UUCUGAAGUCUCCUCCCCACAACCGCUAUAUUCAGUGAGCCGGACCCGCAUUCGUUCGGCUCGUUCUUUUCCCGCUCACACUAUCCCGCGGACGUCUCGCUGGGUACCGAGAGGCAGUUUGAAGUAGCCCCGUUACGGAUUGAGUACGAUUUCAGGAGGAUGGCGUCUUCUUCGUUGACUUUUUAGUGAAAGAAAACGGCUCGGAAAUUUCAGAAGCAGAGGACGCCAUUAACUCAGCAUCCUGGAAGUGGAAAGUGCGGAAGGGUCUGGUCCAACACCACAGACUGGUGCAGUGGGUUGUGGCGGCAGGAUCAAAGGUGGAAGUUUUGGGGAGGCAGCAGUACAGCAGCCUCCCCCCACGGCUGUGGCUGUGCUGGGUGGCGACCCCCUGGCUGCCCAGAAUGUGGCCGGGUCAUCCCAGCAUGCCCUGCAGCCGGCCACAGCUGCCCUCUCCACACCAUCGUCCAGCAGCAUUUUGUCACAGCAAGAGGCAGUCAAAUAUACCAAGGAACAGACCUCUAGAGAGGUUCACAGAAACGGCAAAACUAAAGGCAGCAGUACAGAAGAGCUCUUUUUGGAAGCUGACACAGACCAUUUCCAAAAAGGAUUGGCUGCCUCUUUGUACAAGAACUCCAGUAGCCCUGCGUAUUCAGAGACGGGGCAACCUUUUUCAAGCAGACUUGUGGACACACAGGCGGACCUUGCACAGGCAACAAAAGUAUUGCACAGGUCAAGCAGAGAUAGGAAUUUUGACGGGCAGAAGAACUUGCCAGAAGGAGGAUCUCCUCAUUCAGACCAAGAGAAAAUCCUUCAGGAGGGAGCCGCAGGAGGACCAGAAAGUGAAAUACAAGACCGAAGAGGAAAGAAGCACCCAGAAAAGGCAGGAUCAGCGCAGGGAGUUGCAGAUACAGAGGUGCUGGGACAAGGGGGCAAAAACGGAAAGGUUUCUCUCUGUUUCAGCCACUGCAGCUCUGUUAGCUUCCCUAUGGCCGUCAGCUUUGGCACAGGUGCGCAUAACGAGGAAUCUAAAGACAUGGAUAAUUCCCAAACCACUUCACAGGAUCAGACAAAUGAGCCUGGCUUGCUCCCUCUAUUUGAGUGCAAAGAGGCAGAGGUCUUUAGUCCAAUUAUUGAGAACCUUCCUCCUUCAUUUUCCCACUCUGACAGUUUACAGAUUAAAAAUACUGAAUGCAAAUUUAGAACAUACUCUCUGGCGUGCAGUGAAAGGGAAAAAAGGAUUGUGCAGGAAGAAGUGGAUGGAGUGGAAGAACUGCCACCAAAAGCAGUGCCGGAGGGCACUGAACAGUCCACAGAAACUACAGACCUUUUGGCAAUUGGAGAACCUUCAUCCUGGUCUACAUACCUCCUACAGCCUGAAAGACCAUGCACAGAAGGGUCUCCCUCAUCUCUGCAAGCGAAGGUUCAUGGGACCACAAAACCAGGAGAUCUCCCUUUUAAACCACAUGAACUUCCAGGGAAUGAAGAUACUUUUCCCAUUAAUACAACGGGCGAUAAGGAAAGGGAGUCUAGCUCAAAACAAGAUUCUUGUUACUGCACACAGCCAAUGGCGAAGGACAGGAUAUACAAAGAGAAUGAAACGGAUCAGUCCGUUUUAUCCAUUGCGAGUGGUAAUAUUGUGCAGGAGAAUCUCAUUUUUGAAACCAGAUCAUCCUCUUCAGCUAACCCUCUUCAAAACUCAAUGGAUGUUUCUGUCCAACUUGAUGUGUCAUACCUCAGUGAGGCACCAGAACCAGGUCUACAGGAACAUCCUGUUAUAGUUGAGAAGGCUGAACAACCUUUGAUGGAGCAAGAGUACUGUAAUGAAAAUAUAGUGGUUUCUGAUCUUGUUGGUCCAAGUGGAUCUCUAGAGACAAAGCAGGAUAUAAAAUGCAUCAAAUGUCCUGAAGUGGAAGUGAAGCAGUGUUAUGUGGCCAAGAAAGGUUUGCAAAGUUGUGCUGCUACAGAUGCAAGGGAAAUUAUUUUCGAUACUGCUGGAGAACUAAUGCUGGAGAGGGAUGCAGCUUCUAGUCAAAGAGAAAGGGUCAUAACCCCACCUGGCGGAACACAGGAUUCUGGGAUUUAUUGUCUUGAGGAGAUGGGGAAAGAAAAUCAUGGCAACAUUAUGCAGUCAUUUCCUUCACCUCACCAUCAGCCGAAAAUGAGCAGGAUACCUAAAACUCCAGAGAAAAGUCAAGUGGGAGGGCAGCUUGACUCUCAACAGCUGUUCCCCCCUCAGAGCUGUCCAUCACAUCACAACCUCUCUCUAAGUGAUGACAGUCCAACGGUCAUAGAAAAUGAUGUCUUCAGUUGUCCUUUAAACCUUCUUGUGUCAAAAAAUGAUGCUGGUCAGGGGGAACCACAGGAUCCAACAAACGAAAAUAAAAUUGAGUUGACCAAGGACUUGACAGAGUUAAAUAUGACUGAGACUUUGUUGGACCCUGGCAUGUGUACCCAAACUAUCAUUCCUCUGGGGCAGCUAAUCAGAGGAGAUGAACAGAUGGUUCAGAAUGAGACCAAAGAACAUGGAGAUGAAUCUGCCCUCCCAGAAACUGUUGAUGCAAAAAGCAGUGGCCUUCAAACAAAAGUAGGAGCAUUGCCAACUAAAUCCAUGCCACUGGACUACACAGAUGGAACACAGUGCAUAGACUUUCAGGCCCCAACAGUCACUGCACAGUGUACAGAGACUAAUACUUCCUCUGACACACUGCAGAGGAACUGUAACACUCAACAGAUCUCUUUAGAUGGAAGACUGAUGGAAGCAUUUGUGACACCUCUCACUACGAUAACAAUGGGAGGAGCAACGGUUGAGACUUAUACAUGCACACCUGGAGAAGGAGGGAGAGGGGGUACUUUGUCCCCACAGGUCAGCAUGUCUGUGGAGAAUAAUCAAUCCCACAAUAUGUCUUCAUGCGGUAAAGUAUCUACGGAGGCGAUAGGGUUUACCUUGUUAAGUGAACACCUUUUUCAACCUGAGCUUCUUUCCAAGGAAGUUUCCUUCCAAGGAAUUCACCAAGAUUCUGGGUGCGAGUCUCUUCCCGUCCUCAGAGACCCCUCUGUUCUUGCAGAAAAGGUUGCACCCAUGGAGACAGGAGAGUGUCAGGCCUCAAUCAUUCAGAUAACAGGAGACAUGCAUGAAGUUAUAUCCGAUGAUCAUGCCCUUUCAUCUCAUAUUGAUCCUAAGCUUAUCUUAAAUGUGGCAGACACCCCUUUAGACAGAUGCCCUCCUGUAUUGGGUGGGUUGUCAAGUAAUUUGGAGGCAUUGCAUUUACCUACCACACAGACAAGUAGCUCAGUUUGUGAGUCUGGUAGAGUUUCUAUAGAGUGCCUUCCCAAAUCUGGUUUGCCCACAGACUCUGUGCCUGAACCCACUCUCACCUGCAGUGAUGAAGUACAUGCAGGCCCUUCUAAUCACAAUGUACCUGUAUCUGGUUGCUUCAUCCCUGUGAAGAAUCCACUCACCCAGCACUCUUUGUCAUCUUCUGUUCUCAGACUGUCUCAAAGUGAUUCUGAUCUUGAGGCCCCAGUUGAGGCCAAAGCAUCCCCAGAGAUUACUUGUACAGUAUCCCAAAAUAAAGACAACAUCACCAUGCCUGCAGCUGUUAUCCCUUUGUCAGUCAAAGCCCUGCCUCUUAUGGAGAGGAAUGUCUUAAGCAGUGUCCGCACCAACCUUGGCUAUUUCAGAGACUCUGAAAGCUCUCCACCUUUCACAGAUGUUUUGGCGUUGGAGCAACGUGAGCGACCACCAAUUCCUCGGCUCUCCAUAUCAGGCACCCAGUCUCCCACCUCAGAGAGAGAGUGCACAACUAGGAGUGAAAAUAGUGACAGUGAACCUGAACUUGCAGUAAAAUCCGAGGCCUCUGGCUCUAACUUUACCACCCCAAGGUCAACAGAGAGCAAGGUGUGUCAAUGGAUAGCAGACAGGAUUUUGGCAAACUCACCCAUUCCUCCUGCACCCUCUCCAUCAACUUGGGUGCCCACCCAGAUGGAUCGGGCCUUUGCCCCUCUGCGGGGACCCCAUGGGAAAUUCAUCUCUCCACCUAGUCGUGGCCAGGGAGGGCCUCAACACUUGGAUCCAGCCUACACUAUCCGUACUCGUGCAGAGAGGCAUACGGACAUGGCAGAGCUGGCCAAGCAUGAGGCAGAGAUUGAGCACCGCUCUCUUGCACUGAAGCGGGAGGGCUUCUGGUCCCUGAAGCGCCUCUCUCGUGUAGCAGAACCAGGCCGGACCAAAGUUCACUGGGACUAUCUUUGUGAGGAGAUGCAGUGGCUUUCUGCUGACUUUGCUCAAGAAAGAAGGUGGAAGAGAGGGGUCGCUCGGAAGGUAGUUCGGAUGGUGAUGCGACACCAUGAAGAACAGAGGCAGAAAGAAGAGAAAGCCAAGCGGGAGGAGCAGGCCAAGCUGCGCCGGGUGGCCUCUUCAAUAGCGAAAGAAGUCAGAGCUUUUUGGAGCAGUGUGGAGAAGGUGGUACAAUUUAAGCAGCAGUCCCGACUGGAGGAGAAGCGGAAGAAAGCUCUAGACCUUCAGUUGGACUUCAUUGUGGGCCAGACAGAACGCUACUCUGACCUACUCAGCCAGUCCCUAAGUGAGGCCAAUGUGGCUACUCCUCCAAUAACCACCCCUCUAACCAGCCCUGAAGCAGCAAGCUCUGGGCCCAAAGGACUACAGCAACAUCUCCCAGAUGAGGAUGAUGGAGACUUUGAACCCCUGUGUGAGGAGGAGGAUGAUGAGGAGACCAUUGAGGUUGAAGAACAACAAGAAGGAAAUGAUGAUGAAACGCAUAGGCGGGAGAUCGAGUUGCUCCGGCAUGAGGGCACCCUGCCUCUGGACCAACUGCUGCAUACACUCACCCAGGCACAGAAUGUCCCUGCUGAAGAUGCGUCUUCAGGGAGUUCCUUUUCAGACUCUGAAGAGGAGGAAGAUGAUGAAUUUACAGCCAAUGAAGAUGACGCUGAGGAUGUGGAAGAGACCAUUGCUGCUCAGGAGGUAGUCGAAGGGGAAGCUGAUCACUCCGAGGAGCUUGGUGACCUGGCACGAGAAGGUGAAAUGAGUCUUGAUGAACUGUUGGAGAAGUAUAGAGCAGCAUACAGUGAGGAUUUUGAAAUGCCUUCAGCCUCAGUUUCCAUCACCAGCUCUGAGGAGGAUUCAGACUGUUCUGGAGAUGUUGAGGAGGAUAGUGAAGGCGACCACAGCAGUGGACAAAGCAGCAGCACCUCUGAUGACUCAGAAACUGUAGAAAGUGAUGAUGAAGGUGGAGAAGGGAUGGAGAUUUUGCUCAAGGGAGGAGACCGCAGUCCCCCUGGCCCUGCUGCCCCACAGCCUAAGGAGAUCAGCCACAUCGCUGCAACUGCUGAGAGCUUGCAGCCUAAGGGCUAUACACUUGCCACCACACAGGUGAAAACGCCCAUUCCUUUCCUCCUACAUGGCACACUGCGAGAGUACCAGCACAUCGGCCUGGACUGGCUGGUUACCAUGUAUGAAAAGAAGCUGAAUGGUAUCUUGGCUGAUGAGAUGGGUUUGGGAAAAACUAUCCAAACCAUUGCCCUGUUGGCUCAUCUUGCCUGUGAAAAAGGUAACUGGGGUCCUCAUCUGAUCAUUGUACCAACCAGCGUAAUGCUCAACUGGGAGAUGGAGUUGAAGCGCUGGUGUCCUGGUUUCAAGAUUCUCACUUACUAUGGAAGCCAGAAGGAGCGUAAACUGAAAAGACAGGGUUGGACAAAGCCGAAUGCAUUCCACGUGUGCAUCACCUCCUACAAACUGGUAUUGCAAGAUCACCAGGCCUUUCGGAGGAAAUCAUGGCGAUACCUUAUUCUGGAUGAGGCCCAAAACAUCAAGAACUUCAAAUCACAGCGCUGGCAGAGCUUACUCAACUUCAACAGUCAGAGGCGUCUGCUGCUGACUGGUACACCCCUGCAGAACAGUCUGAUGGAACUGUGGUCCCUCAUGCACUUUCUCAUGCCACACGUCUUCCAGUCGCACCGUGAAUUCAAGGAGUGGUUCUCAAAUCCCCUCACUGGCAUGAUCGAGGGCAGCCAGGAGUACAAUGAGGGCCUGGUCAAGAGGCUCCACAAGGUCCUACGACCUUUUCUCCUGCGAAGAAUAAAGGCUGAUGUUGAGAAGCAGAUGCCCAAGAAGUAUGAGCAUGUGGUGCGCUGCCGCCUCUCCAAAAGACAACGCUUCCUUUACGAUGACUUCAUGGCACAAGCCUCUACUCGGGAGACUCUGGCAAGUGGACACUUCAUGUCUGUGAUAAACAUCCUGAUGCAGUUGCGAAAAGUGUGCAACCACCCCAACCUAUUCGACCCCCGGCCCAUACACUCACCCUUCAUCACUGCUCCCAUACUCUUCUGCACUGCUUCCAUUGUGCUGCAAGCUCUGGAGAAAUCGGCUUUCAAGUGCUGUGACCUGUCCAUGUUUGACCUGGUGGACCUGGAGGGGCAUGUGUCCAGGUAUCAGGCAGAUGUCUUUCUGCCUCGCAGGAAGGUAACACCCAGGCUGGUGCAAGAGAUCAUGGACUCCCCAGAUCCUCCACCACGACCCAAACCCGUUCGCAUGAAGGUCAACAGGAUGUUUCAGCCAUUACCCAAGACAGACGGACGGACAGUGUUGCUUGUUAACAGGCCCUCUGGUCCUGAGCUUGGGACUUCUUUUGCCCCACAACCUCCUGUGGGCAUAGAUUCAGUUCAUUCAGCAACAGCUGUGCAACCAGCCCCUCAGGUUACUGUGUCCACAGUAGCUGCCACCACCCUACCACCACCACCCCCUGUGCCUCUGGGCAUUCCUGCAUCAGUUGCAAUGUGUGCCGGGUCAGGUGCCCCUGUGCGGCAAGGACCUCUUGUUCCUGUUAUGUCUGUGCGCCCCCCAGCUGGCUCUAGCGCCUCUCCUUCACCAAACUUCAGUCCUCCACCCUCCAGCACCAUGACUCAGAGGGUUCUACUGAGCCCGGACAUGCAAGCCCGUCUGCCUUCUGGGGAGGUAGUCAGCAUCGCUCAGCUGGCUUCCCUGGCAGGCCGGCCUGUGUCUUCCUGCCAGGGCAGUAAGCCAGUGACCUUUCAGCUGCAGGGCAACAAACUCACUCUCUCUGGAGCCCAACUCCAUCAAGUUGCAAUGGCACAGCCCCGCCCUGUCCAGGGGAAUGUCGUUCAUCUGCUGUCCAGUGGAGGGCAGCACCACCUGAUCAACCAGCCUGUAGCUGUGAUUCAGACGGUCAGUCAAGGAGGGGGCAGCACAGUCAACACUCACCCUCCCCCAGCCCCAUCUGGACCUCCUGGUCUAGCGCUGCCUCUCAACACUGCACAAGUGCCCUCCUCUGUGGUGACCAGCCCAGGGAUUGUGAAGAUAGUAGUGCGCCAGUCAACUGGGAAGGAGGGAGGGGCAGUCCCUACCCAGGCUGUGUCACCACCUUCUCGUCUACCCACUGUUCCCUCUCCCGACAUUGCCCCUCAUGCCAAUGCCAGCUCCCCUUUCAGACCACCUGUCUCUGUACAGCCCCCUUCCACCCACACUGCCCCUCCUCGUACUGGUACUUCAGCUCCCACUCAAACCCACCUCACCCGUCAAGUUCUUAGGGUUUUGCAAGGACCAGCAGUUGGCACAGAGCAAGCCAAUCAAGCAAAGCAAUUUGAUUCACCAGUAUCUACGGAGGAGCUGAAGGAAGCUACUGCUUCCAUGCAGAAAGGGCGAGUGAGCGCAUCUUCAGGACGUGAUGACAGUACGGAUGUUAUAACCCUACGGAUGGCAGCACCUACCAACUUGGGAUCCUUUGGUGUUGGACAUGGUUCUCCACGAGCUCGGACACAACCUCCCCCACCUCCACGUUCCCCCUUUUACAUGUCAUGGCUUGCAGAUCGGCGCAAGUCGCAGCGUGAAAAUCGCCUCAACCGGAUACUGCUUGUCAACGAACGGCAUUGCAACGCUAAGCCAGUGUAUGGUCGCGAGGUCUUGGAUUUCCUCACUUUUCUCCCCUGUGCCGCACCAUCCCCUCCUGAUCCUAAAUACUGGGGUCAUGCAGGACGAACCAACUGCUUGUCUGCUCAGACUCAUACAUCUGGCAUCUACUGGAGGCAGAGUGAGGCGCUGAGAGCUACAAUUCAUUCAACAGAAGCGAGGUUGCAGCUGCUGAGUGACAUCAUAGACCGGUACAUCUUUGUUGUCCCACCUGUGGAGGCACCGCCUAUCACUAUGCACAGCUGCCAUCCACCUCCCUGGCUGAGCCAUCAGCAAGCUGCCUUCUCCUCUGUGCUGUCCUCCAAACUCGUGCCUCUGACCCGGUCCUUACACCGCAUCCAGUGCAACAUGAGGACGCACUUCCCUGACCUGAGACUGAUCCAGUAUGACUGUGGUAAGCUGCAGACCCUGCACUCGCUGCUGAGGAGGCUGAAGGGUGAGGGCCAUCGUGUGCUUAUCUUCACUCAGAUGACCCGGAUGUUAGAUGUGCUGGAGCAGUUCCUCAAUUAUCACGGACAUAUCUACUUGCGGUUGGAUGGCAGUACUCGAGUGGAGCAGCGACAGGCUCUAAUGGAGCGAUUCAAUGCUGACCGGCGGAUCUUCUGCUUCAUCUUAUCAACCCGUAGUGGUGGGGUCGGCGUAAAUCUAACAGGAGCCGACACUGUGGUCUUUUAUGACAGUGACUGGAACCCCACCAUGGAUGCCCAGGCUCAGGACCGUUGCCAUCGGAUUGGUCAGACCCGAGAUGUACACAUCUACAGGCUGAUAAGUGAACGCACCGUAGAAGAGAACAUCCUGAAAAAAGCGAACCAGAAGAGAAUGCUUGGAGACAUGGCCAUUGAGGGAGGCAACUUCACCACUGCCUUUUUCAAACAGCAAACAAUCAGAGAACUGUUUGAUGUUUAUGAGGGGGAGAAGAAAGAGGUGGAAGCAAGUCUAACUCCCCGCCCAGAGGAAGAGGAUGCACUCAGUAAACAGCAUACCACCAUUCUUGAGCAGGCCCUGUGUCGUGCAGAGGAUGAGGAAGACAUUGUGGCUGCUUCCCAAGCUAAAGCAGAACAGGUGGCUGAACUGGCUGAAUUCAAUGAGAGCAUUCCAUUUGAAGAGACUGGUGAAGCAGUUGUGCGAGAGCAGCAACAGGAGGAAGAGGAGCUAUCCAAGGCUGAGCAGGAAAUAGCUGCUGUUGUUGAGCAGCUUACUCCAAUAGAGCGCUACGCCAUGAAUUUUUUGGAAGCCUCACUGGAAGAUGUUUGCAAGGAGGAGUUGAAACAGGCUGAGGAACAGGUUGAAGCAGCCAGGAAAGGUCUGGACCAGGCUAAGGAGGAGGGCCUGAAAUUGCCUUUGACUUCUGACAGCGAUGAUGAAGAGUCUGGUCCAUUGCCCUGUGCAGAGGAAACCUUGCAUCCAACACCCUACCGUCGCCCUCGAAAACACAAGGAGAAGGGGGCACCCUCCACUCGUGCUAGUGGGAGGCUCCGAGGGGCAAUCACAACACAUAUUGGAGACCCCACUCUAACCCCAAAACAUGUUCGCGUUGAGCAGGAUAUAGGAAAAAGAACGGAAGUGGUAACAUUGUAUACAGAUUUGGCCUCUGCUUCAAUCACUCAGUCUGCUCAUAUUCCUCAACAGCAUCAUAUUGCCCCUGUCUCUGUCAAGCCCAAGAAGGACAACCUACCACAACCACUUGUGCUCAGAGAAGUUCCUGACAGAGGCCACUGUGCUCUGCAAGCAAGGGAAAUGGCCAAAGAUUACUCUGCAUCAACCAAUCACUCCCCUGUCCACACUGAGCAAGACCAAUCAGUGUCACCUUUCCCAAGAGUUCUAGAUCCUAGAAAGCCUGUGCGAGUUUGCCCUUCCUCUGGUUCAGAUUUUAUGCCUCGAUCCCAAUCGGCACCUUUUCCUACUUCCCCUCUGCAUCUGCCCAGCCUUGUGCCAUCCAUUGCCUUUAAUCCCACAACUGUAAACUUUCACACGAUUCAAGACUUUGAAAGUCAUUCUUUAAAGGGAGCGGAAGGUAAAGAACAGUUGGAAGGGACUGAAUCAGAUUCUCCCACAGUGCCCAAUGAGGCUGUUCCUCAGUCUCCCUUUGUGAAUGACCAGAAGCAACAGGUGGAUUUUAAAGGGACUGUAUUGAUUGCAAGUAGCUUGACACAAACACCAGUAUGUUCCCCUAAACCCCAAUGCGUUUCUGCCCACACCCAACAUUAUGAUACUGGCACACAACACACAAAUAUCCCAACCCAAGAGCAGCAGGCUCCGCUUUUGGUAACACUGUCUUCUCACCCUUCAGUCCUCUCCACUCUUGCCCGUUCUCCACGCAAGAGGCAGUCUGCUGAUGGGGAGGUCUUGAGUGGCCUUCCUGAAGACUCGCCUUCUGCUAAAGUCCUCCGGAAACUGCCAGGCCGCCUGGUCACCGUGGUAGAGGACAAGGAGCCCAAGAAAAGGAAAAGGGGGGCCAGUGGAGGAGGGGGAACCGCCAGUGGGAAACCAGAUGGUAGUGCUCAGAUGAGCAAAUCAGCAGAUGAGCCAAGUAGAGGAACUGGACCUCAGACUCCUGACAGACCCAGCACUUCUCAAAAGGAGAACAUGGCUACCCCACAAACAUCACUUUCAAAAAUAUCACCACUACUUCAGCUAACCCAAAACUCUGGAGUGAUUUCCCCCUACUCACCCACCCACCAUUCUCCAGAUAUGCCAGUCUUGAGAAAUUUACCUGUGCGCCGACGGCUAGAGACUGAGUCUCGCAUGGCUGCACAGUUAGGAGAGCAGCAACUUGGAAAAGGAAGGGGAAGGGGAGAGAGAAGGGCUAGUUUAUCUCCCAACUUCCCUCGAAAAAAGGACACAAAACUAGAAGGAAGUAAGGACUCCUUAAGUUCUUUAAAAACAUACACUUAUGUCAUACCUAAUGUGAACACACUUUCCCCUGCAAAACGCAAGAGAGGUCGUCCUCCUAAAACGCCACCCAGAUUAACUGAUUCUCCUACAGAGCUGCACUCUCCUGCACUGGUUAUGGAGAUGGAAAGAUCAGGUAGUGUAGAAGGGAGCCCCUCUUCCUCUCCCAAACGCAAGAGGGGUCGCCCUCGUAAAGACUCAUCAAAAGUAAGUGAGCCUGUAUGGGUAGGUUUGGGGAUUGGUUUGGACCCUCCAUUCUCCCCCACAGUCUGCCCACAUUCACAUAGAGCCAUUCUAAAAACCGAAGUACACAGUUGUAGCAGUAGCCUCAACAGUGACUGCCCCCAACAGGAUGGAUCCACUGCUACUCUUUUAACAUCGUGUCCCACUCAAGGUACCAUCAAGAAUGAAGCAGAACUGUUUAGAAAAGAGGAGGAUGAUCAGGGAGGGAAGGAUACAGAAACCGCAUCAGAAGGGGAGAGGCAUGAAAGAACAUGCAGGGAGUCUGCAAAGCAAAAAGGUACUCUAGACAGUGAGAAGAAACUGAAGGAAGUCGAAGGUUUAUAUAUGCAAGGGGGUUCAUCUCAGCCAAACAAGAAAGUUGUCACAUGCUCCUCUGGUUGCCAAGAAUUAGAUCCUCCUUCACCAACUCCAUCCCCAUUUGCAGUCAACCAGACCACUCUUGAAAUUGAGGGGGCAGAUGGUCAAGAGAAAGAGGACCAGAAUAGAGCCAAGGAGAAUAGGGACACUGCCCAGAAGAGACUCGGCUGUAGACAGAGCAGUCAAGAAUCUGCAUCUUCUUCCCCCUCCUCUUCACAUUCUACCUCCACCUGUUUGCCUCUCUCCCAAAAGGUGGGAGCAAGUGUGACACCUCUGAAGAGAAAACGAGAGCAUGUGAAUGCAGACAGAGAGAAAGGGGAGAAUGUGGAGGGGGUGCCAGGUUUCCUUCAUAGCCAGCAUUCUGAGUCGGCCUGUCCUCCAAUGCCAUUUUCAAUUCCUCCACAACACUCAUCUGACUCUGAUGAUUCUUGUGGGGAUAUAAAGGAGCCACGCCUCACACGAGCAGCCCAUAAGAAGCUGGAACAAGCAGAAGAGACUGGCGAGAUGGAAGUGGAGAAAGAUGACAAUAACAUAAGGAAGAAAAGAUCAGCAAGGACUCCAGACGGAGGAUCCCGAUCCGAGCCUGGCAGCAAUGUGUCUCCUAGGUUCACCCGAAAAUCCUCAGGUCCUCAGCCUUCCCCUGAAGGCAGGUCACAGUCGCCAGCUGUUCCAGAAGUCCUGGGAAAGAGAUGUUCAGCCCUGAAUGCUGCAGCCAAACUUCUAGCGAUGCGUGGUAGAGGAAAUGAAGGGUCAAGUAGUCUUGGAGGCAGAGGAGUGGGGCAGAUAAGGAGCAAUAAAACACUGGGAAGAGGGUCACGAGAGCCAAACUCCUGCACAAACAAAGCAGAAAGUAGCAAACCAGUCCCCACCAACUCUAGCCUUACUGCUUCUCGCUCCACCCGCCAGCGACCAGGCUGCUUGGUGCCUCCCUUGGAAACGGAGACUAAAAGAGCCAAGAACCCAGUAAAAAAAGCUGCAAAGAAAGAAGUGGAGGGGAGAGGCAGCGUAUCACCCCAAGGAGAAAGUACAGGUAGCAGUACAAGUAGUGACGGUGGGGAUGGCAGUGGCCGGAGCCGGAGCAGCAGUGUGAGCAGCCAGCGCACCCGCAGCCUCAGCUCCCAAAGCUGCUCCCACUCCCAUGCCCCGUCCUCCUGUAGUGACCAAGAAAGGGGUCAGGAACAUGGAGAACGACCUGGGGAGAAGACAAAUCCCAGGGAAAGAGCAUAUAGAGGUAGAAGGAGUCGGAAGGAAAAGUGGAGACGCCAGGAGAAAGAUUCCCUUUCUUUGUCACAGAGGCCAGAGGUGAGUGCUGGUUCCAGUGAAGGGACACCUGACAGGGUGCUGCGUAGUGUGGCUGCUCUGGCAGCUGCUCAAGCCCGAACCCCAGCAGGCAACACUCGCUCCUCUUCUACUCAUCACUAUCAACAACAGACCCAUGGUCGUCGUACCAAGACCUAAAGAGAAAGGGGAGGGGGAGGAUAGCUGACAGAUGGGAAAAAAGAAAAGGUGGUGGGUACAGGUCAGUAGUUUUUAGAGAAGGGAACCGAGACCACUAAUUGGAAUGGAAAGGCAAAGAAGACUGCAGGUUUCUGAACAGUGACCUCCUCUUUAAUAUUCUGUCCCUCCCCUCCAGUGUGUUCCCAUAAAACAAGCUGAUCACCAAACCUGUGAUUGCUAAGAUGGACAAUUUGCUGUGCAGCUGCCAUGUACUGAGUGAUGGGGUUAAUGGCUCAACUGAGUGUAGAGACAUUAAGCUCUGUGAGCCACUGGAUAUGUCGGUUGUCUGACCGUGCUGCAAGGACAUGUGAACUUAAGUAUGGAACCAUUGGUUUUCAUUCAGGCAAUGUACUGUAAACCAGUGAAAGAAGACUGAAGGGUAUGUUCUUUACCCCCCAAAGUCAUAUUGCACCCCUGAAUACAUUGAUUACCUGUGCAAAAUGUAUUAAUGAGAGUCUUCAUUGUCAUGCAAAAUUCAUUAAUGAUUGUAAUCUGGGGUUUAGAUGUAUGUUUAAAGUUUUAGACAGGUUCUGGGCAGUUUUUGACAUGUUCUGAUUUUGUUUGCAUAGAGUCAAUUAAGUCAUAGUUUAUUCCAGGUAAAACGAGAGGGAUUCUGUGAAAUUAUUAUUUACUGCACUAUGCUGGAGUUACUCUUUGCUUGGGCCUCCCUAGUCAUUUUCUCUCCAUCUGCCUAUAUUUGCACACCUGACAAAUUGUCCCCUCUGUUUGCUUAUUUUUCUUUGUCAAUUCUUGAUUGCUCUCAAAAUUCAUUUCUUCAGGUAAGAAUGUGCAGAUAUGUCUCUUGAAUGAUGAUUAAAUUAAUAGGGGGCUGGGUGGUUGAAGUUGAGGUGUUAUACCUUGAGUCAGAUGAGCAGUAGACUCCAUGGCAAUCUGAAAUAAAGCACCUCUGCAGCAGUUACAAGUUGAUGGGACAGAUGUCAUGCGAUAUGUGAUAGGUCAGUUUACUUUGGGAAUGCCUUGCUUCUGUGAAAGCUUUUGGGGAGUGGUGUUUUGAUGGAAAGGGUGAAAUAUGGUGGCGGUCUUAUUUUACUUUUUACUUUUCAGUUGCUACAUUCCUGUGUUCUCUUGUAAUUCCACAUUAUUUUACUUGAACAAUUUAAAAAAAUAAAAAUAAAAACAACCAUG